CGCCCCAUAGAUACCCUGCAUGCAUAUAAUCGACAUAUAAGCGACGACUAAGCGACGACUAAGCGAAGGUCUGGACUCUGUCGUUUCCAGCGUCCGUGUCGACUGUCAAGAUGCGAGGGGGCGGAUCGCUCGCGUCACGAUUCUUACGCGCGUUCCAGUCCUCGCACCUCCCCGCUACUGGCGUUAGCGCAUCGUCGCCCUUCGUCCCUGCAACCGCCGCAUCCUCCGUAUCCGCCGCGUCCGUCGCAACGCGCAUCGGCCCUCUCGCCAGCGUUCCGACCGCCGCCGCUGCAUCCAGCAGCCAUUCCGUUUUCCGAAUCGCGUCUCUCCUCUCAAACCUCUCGCCGCUGCCGUCGCCGCCAUCUCCGCCGCAAUUUCCGCCGCACUCUUCCCCAGCAACGAUACCUUCCAGGUCAUUUGGAACCUCCUCUCCUCUAGCACAGUCCGUCUUGACACGUGGACUUUUCCCCGCGCUGCGUCAGCAACACGUGGCGGGCGCUGAGCCCAUGGGCGCGUCGCUCGUUCUAAAACGUGGAUUUGCGAAGCGACAAAAGAAGUGGCGAGGAGACCCCUGGGUGCUGGUGAAUGUGCCCAAGGCAGCAGAGCAGGUGCCGGCGUCUCAGCCCAAUGCUGGCAGCGUUGGGGGCAGGAACCAAAGGCGGCGCAUGCUGCAGCGGCAGCUGUUCGUGAAGGAGCAGUGGCAAAUGGUGAAGGCGCAGAAGAAGGAGGCACUGAAGAGAAGGGAUGCAGAGCGAAGGGCGAAAUGGAAGGCUGGGGCUGCUAGGGCGAGAGAGUGGCAGGAGGGGCAACUUGCAGCAGCGGCAGGAGAAGGAGGGGGAGGAGGGCAAGGAGUGCUAGGUACCGCUUGAGGCUCCUCAUGCCUGCCAGGUUGAAUGAAGGGGGACACAGAAAAGGGAGCGACGGGAGAGGCUGGAGGGAUGGAAGGGGAAGGCUGGGGCUGCAAGGGCGAGGGAGUGGCAGGAGGGGCAACUUGCAGCAGCAGCAGGAGGGCAAGGAGUGGAAGCCACUGCUUGAGGCACCUCAUGCACUAAAACGCUGCCCUUCUUGAUGCCAUAUGUGACACUCCCCCAUGUGGAGGUUGUUCAGGCUAUUUGGUUCCCAUUUUUUAGAGAUCCCUUCCUUGCCUCGUCGCAAUUCUCUGGCGUUUCCCGUUCACGUCAGUCAGUGCCUUGGAUAACUGAUCGCAUCGCACGCUGCAAUUGACUACCGUACCAGCAACCCUAACGACUAGCGUGUUUGUGUUUGUGGUGUAUAUGUGCAAUUUGGGUGUAAAGUAAACGAACUGUGUACAUACAGUGCAGUACGAAGCAUUAGAUGCUCAGAUGAUCAGAUCAGAUGCAACCGAGCUGGCACGUCUUCAUCCAGAGACUUAUUAGGGUAGAGAAUUUGCAAGCUUUGGAUUGAACCAACACAGGAGACCGUGCCACUCUGCACUGUGCCAGUAUCCUCCUUUACCAGAGCAAUGCCGUUAUAGCAGUAAUAAUCAUAGGGUGGUUGCUGCCAAAAACCCAUGCAGUGGAUGCUCCAUCUGCUUCCAUGGAUCAUGGAAGUUCCGUCACGGAACCAUCUAGAUUCUAGACUUGUAACAAUGCUCUUUAUAA